AUGCUGCUGGUGCGGCGGUUCCGGGUGCUGAUCCUGACCGUCUUCCUCCUGGCCUGCACCCUCCACAUCAUGGUCGACCUGCUGCCCAAGCUGGAGAGGCGCGCCGCCGAGGCCGGGGGGGCGUCGGCCGGGGGGGCCGCCCCGGCCGGCUGCUCCUGCCCGCACUCCCCGCCGCCGCCGCCGCCGCCCCCCGGCGGAGGCGAGGCGGACUGGCCUAGCAAGCACACCCUCCGCAUCCUGCACGACUUCGGCAGCGAGCCCGCCGCCCCCAACCGGAGCAAGGCGCUCCUGCCGCCGGCCGCCGCGGCGGGGGCCGGAGGGGCCGGCCCGGGCUCCCGGCUGGCCGCCCUCUUCCAGCAGCCCCUCUACCGCCUGGCCGGGCCCCCCCUGGGCGACAAGGACGUCUUGUUCAACGUCAAGAGCGACAUCCGCUUCAACCCCAAGGCGGCCGAGAACCAGGACUGGCCGAACGAAGGCCAUGAGGACGAAGAAUUCUUACCCACCGGGGAAGCGGCCAUUGACGCCUAUCCAAACUGGCUCAAAUUCCACAUUGGCGUGAAUCGAUACGAACUGUACUCCAGACACAACCCGGCGAUCGAAGCCCUGCUGCAGGAUCUGGCGACCCAAAAAAUCACGAGUGUCGCGAUGAAGUCAGGAGGCACCCAACUGAAGCUGAUCAUGACUUUCCAAAACUACGGACAGGCCUUGUUUAAGCCGAUGAAACAGACGAGAGAGCAGGAAACUCCGCCCGACUUUUUUUAUUUCUCAGACUACGAAAGGCAUAAUGCCGAAAUAGCAGCUUUCCAUCUGGACAGAAUCCUGGAUUUCCGCCGCGUCCCGCCAGUUGCGGGUAGAUUGGUGAACAUGACGAGAGAAAUUCGGGACGUUACUCGGGACAAGAAGCUGUGGAGGACAUUUUUCAUCUCUCCAGCCAACAACAUCUGCUUCUACGGGGAGUGUUCCUACUACUGCUCGACGGAGCACGCCCUUUGCGGGAAGCCGGACCAGAUCGAAGGCUCCCUGGCUGCCUUUCUGCCAGACCUGUCGUUAGCGAAGCGGAAAACCUGGAGGAAUCCGUGGAGACGCUCCUACCACAAACGCAAGAAAGCCGAAUGGGAGGUCGAUCCGGACUAUUGCGAAGAGGUGAAACAAACCCCACCUUACGACACCGGGACCCGAAUUUUGGAUAUAAUGGACAUGACCAUUUUUGAUUUUCUCAUGGGCAACAUGGAUCGACACCACUACGAAACCUUUGAGAAGUUUGGGAAUGAGACGUUUAUUAUCCAUCUAGACAAUGGAAGAGGGUUUGGUAAAUAUUCCCACGACGAACUCUCCAUCCUGGUGCCUUUGAACCAGUGUUGCAGAAUAAGAAAAUCUACCUAUCAGCGACUACAGUUGCUAGCCAAGGAAGAAUUCAAACUCAGUCACCUGAUGGAGGAAUCUUUGAUGAAAGACAAAAUUGCCCCCAUUUUGUACACACUGCACCUUGAAGCUAUGGACCGAAGGCUCCGGAUAGUGCUUAAGGCCAUCAGUGACUGUAUAGAGAAAGAUGGGUACGAUAACGUUGUGGAAACGGACUAUGUCACCGAUGCAAACACUAUUGCGACCAAAAGGUAG